AUGAAACGGAUCAAGGCAGGAGCGGGAUCAUUAUCGCUGUUCCUCUCGUUGUUCAUCUUUCGCUUUGUUCAGGUGGCACGGACUCAACCCCAAACAAAUGCAACAACAGAUCCUUCCGAAGUGAGGGCUUUGAAUGCGAUGUUAGAAAAAUGGGGACUUUCGGCAUCGAAUCAAUGGAACAUAAGCGGAGAACCAUGCAGCGGAGCUGCCAUCGACUCAACCGACAUUCAUAGUAGCAGUUUCAACCCCGGUAUCAAAUGUGAUUGCACUUACAACAGUCACUCUACUUGCCACAUUACACAACUGAAAGUUUAUUCAUUGGAUGUUGUAGGUGCAAUCCCAGAUGAGCUAUGGAAUUUGACUUUCCUUAUCAAUCUGACCUUUGGCAUUAAUGCAUUAUCAGGGGAGCUUCCAAAAGAACUUGGGAAGCUUACUGACUUAAGAUCACUGGCUUUUAGCACAAACUACUUCUCCGGCUCUCUGCCAUCUGAGCUAGGGAACUUAACAAGAUUAGAACAACUAUUAGAGGAGUUAGAGAAGACAAGAAGUCAAGUACAGCCUAUGUGUAUCAAGGAAAUAGAGACCAAGAAAGCAGUAACUUCUGCUCUUCUUCUUCCACAGGCUUUACCAAGAAACAAGAAUCACAUGAGUAAUGUGGGCAAAAAAAAGAAAGGCGGUAACAUGUCCGAAGUCCUCGACUCUGCGGCCGAUAAAGAAAAUUUGAAUUUUUAUCACUCCAUAGGCAGAGACUUUUCUUUAAGGACAAUUGAAGUUUCAGCAUUGUAUCUAUGGAGGGAUCUGGGCUACUUUGAUAGCUCAGGAGUGAGUGGUGGGAUACCUUUAUCAUUUGCUAGCCUACAAAGCCUGACUAUAGUGAGGCUUCAAGGAAACUCUUUUGAAGGUUCCGUACCAUCAACAUUUUCCAAUUUAACUUCUAUGACAGACUUAAGAAUAAGUGAUUUACCUGAUGGGAGCUCUUCACUGGAUUUUUUUACGGAUAUGAAGUCUCUGAAUAUCUUAAUUUUGAGGAAUAACAACAUUUCAGGUUCUAUUCCAUCAUCUAUUGCAGAGUUCCAAAGUUUGUCACAACUGAAAGAGUACAUCCCUCCAAAAUAUGUGAGUACAGCUUUUAUAGUUGUCAGAGAUUUGUCAUAUAAUGAACUAUCCGGGAGCUUUCCUUCUUGGAUCAACCAACAAAACUUACAAAUGAUUAAUUUGGUUGCCAACAACUUCACAAUAGAAAGUUCAAUCAGCAGUGUUAUGCCUUCAGGAUUGAAUUGUCUCCAACGAAACUUUCCUUGCCAUCGAGCUACUCCAAUCUAUUAUAGCUUUGCAAUUAAAUGUGGCGGUCCACAAAUAACAUCUUCUGAUCGGAUUGUGUAUGAGAGGGAUAAUGAGACUCUUGGUCCAGCGACAUACUAUGUGACUAACACAGACAGGUGGGCUGUCAGUAAUGUUGGAUGGUUUGCUGACAGCAACAAUCCACAGUACACAACUUCCUCUCUCUCUCAGUUUACAAAUACUUUGGAUUCAGAGAUAUUCCAGACUGCACGGAUUUCUGCUGCGUCGCUAAGAUACUAUGGCUUGGGGCUUGAGAAUGGUAAUUACAACGUAGUCCUCCAGUUUGCAGAGACGGUUAUCCUAAAUCCUCCAACUUGGAAGAGUGUAGGAAGGCGUGUUUUUGAUAUAUACAUCCAGGGAAAUUUGGUGAGGAAAGAUUUUGACAUACGAAAGGAGGCAGGAAAUGCUUCUUUCCGAGCUGUCCAGAGGAACUUUACGGUUCAGGUUUCUGAAAACUACCUUGAAAUUCAUCUAUUUUGGGCUGGAAAAGGGACUUGUUGUGUACCUGGUCAAGGUACUUACGGACCUUCUAUUUCGGCGAUCAGUGCCAUUGCAGACUUCAAUCCUACUGUUAGUAACAACCCUCCCUCUGGAAAGAAGAAGAGAACUGGUUUGGUUGUGGGGACCAUUCUUGCUGUUGGAGUUGUAAGCUUUUUCUGUGUAUUUGCAGUAUAUUAUUUCGUUCUGAGAAGAAGAAAGUCAUCCACUUAUGAAGACGAAGAGUUCCUGGGAAUGGAUGCUAGAAUAUACACGUUCAGUUAUGCAGAACUAAGAGCUGCAACAGAUGACUUUGAUCCAGCUAAUAAACUUGGAGAGGGAGGGUUUGGAGCCGUUUACAAGGCAACACUUGAUGACGGGAGAGUGGUUGCCGUUAAACAAUUGUCAGUAGCAUCCAACCAAGGAAAGAGUCAAUUUGUGGCAGAGAUUGCUACGAUAUCCGCUGUGCAGCACCGUAACCUUGUGAAAUUGCAUGGGUGCUGCAUUGAGGGAGAAAAACGGCUGCUUGUUUAUGAGUACCUUGAGAAUAAGAGUCUUGAUCAAGCAUUAUUUGGGAACAGAUGUUUGGAGCUUGACUGGACAACACGUUUUGACAUAUGCCUGGGGGUCGCUAGGGGUCUAGCUUAUCUUCAUGAGGAAUCACGGCUUCGAAUUGUGCACAGAGAUGUGAAGGCCAGUAAUAUUCUGCUUGACUUUAAUCUCGACCCCAAAAUUUCUGAUUUUGGUUUGGCCAAACUUUAUGAUGACAAUAAGACUCAUCUAAGUACCCGUGUUGCUGGCACAAUUGGUUACCUGGCACCAGAAUAUGCCAUGCGUGGACACCUUACAGAAAAGGUUGAUGUGUUUGGCUUUGGAGUUGUAGCUUUAGAGAUUAUCAGUGGAAGGCCAAAUUCUGACCCAAGCUUGGAGGAAGAAAAGAUAUAUCUUCUUGAAUGGGCCUGGCACCUACAUGAAAAUAACCAUGAAAUUGAACUGGUCGAUCCAGCUAUAUCUGAAUUCAACAAGGAUGAAGCAAAAAGAGUAAUUGGAGUGGCUCUAUUGUGCACUCAAACAUCACCGGCAUUACGACCUUCAAUGUCCCGUGCAGUGGCAAUGCUUUCAGGAGAUAUUGACGUGAGCACUGUUACAUCAAGGCCCGGAUACCUGACCGAAUGGAGGUUUAACGAUGCAACAAGCUUUAUGAGUAAUGAUGCUUCUGCUGCACCCAAUAAUAGUUUUUACAACUCAUCAGCAAGUACAAGCAUGGUAGCUGAUCCAACUUAUUCACCUGUAGAUGCUCAGAGACCCAUGCUUCACGAGGUUAUUGGGGAGGGUCGAUGAGAACAGUUCGUUUUCUUUCUUUCUGACAUAAGAGAGAUAGAUGCAUAUGCACUUAUGUAAAUGAUUUUUCCCUUUCCUUUGGACUACUUUUUUGGUUCGUUCAUUCGAGACUAUUAGUAAAAUUUAUG